AUGGCCUCUUCUGUUCCUUCCACUGGCUCGGCCAAGGUCGAUGCCGUCGUUGAGAAGGCUGCUGCCGCCGCCCCUGGCCAGCUCUCCGGUCUUGCCCUCUACUCCAGAUUCGCCCUUGCCGGUGCCGUCUGCUGCUCCGUCACCCACGGUGCCCUCACUCCCGUCGAUGUCGUCAAGACCAGAAUCCAGCUCGACCCCGCCACCUACAACCGCGGUAUGAUCGGUGGUUUCAAGCAGGUCAUCCAGAACGAGGGUGCCGGCGCUCUUCUCACCGGCUUCGGACCUACCGCUGCCGGUUACUUCCUCCAGGGCUCCCUGAAGUUCGGUGGAUACGAGUUCUUCAAGCAGCAGUCCAUCAACUUGAUCGGCUACGAGAACGCCGUCAACAACCGCACUGCUGUCUACCUCGCCUCCUCCGCUGCCGCCGAGUUCUUCGCCGACAUUGCCCUGUGCCCUCUUGAGGCCACCCGUAUCCGUCUCGUCUCCGAGCCCACCUACGCCAACGGUCUCAUUGGCGGCUUCAGCAAGAUGCUCAAGAACGAGGGUGUCGGUGCCUUCUACGCCGGUUUCGGACCCAUUCUGUUCAAGCAGAUCCCCUACACCAUGUCCAAGUUCGUCGUCUUCGAGAAGGUCUCCGAGGCCAUCUUCCGCCAGUACCCCAAGAACACCCUCUCCGACGGUGCCCAGACCGCCGUCAACCUCGGCUCCGGUCUCAUGGCCGGUUUCGCCGCCGCCAUCGUUUCCCAGCCCGCCGACACCAUGCUCUCCAAGAUCAACAAGACCAAGGGUCUCCCCGGUGAAGGCACCACCUCCCGCCUCAUCAAGAUCGCCAAGGAGCUCGGCAUCCGCGGCUCUUACACCGGUAUCGGUGCCCGUCUCUUCAUGGUCGGUACCCUUACUGCCGGUCAGUUCGCCAUCUACGGUGACCUCAAGAAGGCCCUCGGUGCCACCGGCGGUGUUGAGAUCUCCAAAUAA